UAUCCAAGUCAAUCAAACAUGGCGGCCGCCACUGUGCGAAGAUUUUCGUUUCGAUCCCUUCUACUGCUUAGGAUACAUUCGCACACAACGUCCGGGAAAAAUGCUCCAGGUAUCUGUCAGAUGCGAUACAACUCAACAAAGUGGCAACUGGUCGGCGCCUUGGCUGUAGAGCGAAAACCUAUUAUAACGAAAGAUAUGAACCCUCUUGAGCUUCGGUACCUUGAGAUGCUGAGACAGAUUGAAGUAGAAGCAAGCCUUUUGUCAGACCACGAACUACAGCUCAAAGAAGAAGAAAGGACGAAAGAAAAAAGCACGGGCGAAAGCAUGCAACUAAAGCUCAAAACAGCACGCGAUUUGGUUGAUCAGUGGAUUGCAGAGUUGAAAAGUUUCAAAUCCGAUUCACGCGUUACUGACAGUGACAAAAGCGGCGACGUACGGACUACUGACCGGAAGCUCGACACGUCGCUACUCUUUGUAACGCACCAGAAGCUCGGCAAGGAAUUCCAGUGGGUGCUCCCGCAAACACCGCAUAGGGACGGGGAGACAUUACGAGAGACUGCAGAGCGAGCAUUGGCAGAAAUUUGUGGCAGCGACGGGAUUGACAUUAAGGCUCUCGGAAACGCUCCCGCUGGCUUCUACAAGUACCUCUACCCAAAAGACAUGCGCAAGGACUUCCUUGGGGCAAAGGUGUUCUUUUUCAAGGCACAGCUCCAGUCAGACCGGUCACUCACGCAGAAAGGGAUACAAAAGCUGGGCCUUGCAGACGACUUUGCUUGGCUGUCGUCUUCAGAACUGGCUUCUCGGCUGCAGCCACGUUACGUAAGAUCUGUGCGGCAAUUCCUCAUGGAGGCAGAAGCUCCAAACGUUAAGCGCCUACUGGAAGACGUGGAUGGAGCUCUGCAACAUUCGUCAGCGACAAGGAGUGAAAGACAGGAAGAAGCACGUGUCCGACAGUCUGCCAAAAAUUAGACUCUGCAGUGAUUAAAUGUCUAGGUAUCCAUUCUUGUAUAGAAUGCCGUCAACAACAUUGUCCAUGGUCAUGAGUUUGUACUGUACUAAAAUAGCAACUACAUGGAAGAUUUGA